GCGUUGUCUUCGUGAACGCCGAGAUGAACUGGGAAGAGGCUCAGAGCUUCUGCAGGGAUCACUACACUGACCUGGCCUUUCCCAGGAGCCAGGCAGAGAACGAGGAGAUAGCAGCAGAGAUACCAGGCGGCGUGUUGGGCUGGAUCGGCUUCUACAGAGAGUCCUGGAAGUGGUCGGACGGACACAUGUAUCUGUUUCAGAACUGGCUACAGGCCAAACCUGACAGUCAGAGCGAGCUUUGCAGCGUUGCCAGAUUUAGCAGCUCUGGCGGCUGGGAUGACUGGAACUGUGACAAACUGAAGCCAUUUAUCUGCCAUGAUGACCCUCAACCCUUCACAACACAAGUGGUGAAAGUGAAGCUGGUGUUGAACUCGGCUCUGGAUCUGAACGACCCGGCGGUUCUGGAAAACAUGAAGGCGGAGCUCCGCCUGAUGCUGGAUCAGCAGGGCCCAGACGUCAAGCUGAGCUGGAAGAAACAGCAGGACGGAAAAAUCUUCCACCAGGAGGAGGAAGAGGAGAAGCUGCAGUGAGACGACGACAAGCUGAUGAGACUUUCUCAGCUCUUCUAACAUGUUUUAAAAUGAAAAAUUUGUAAAUCCAUAUUAACAGCAAAAUGAUGCGGUGAUGUGAGAUUUUCUUUUAGUCACAGUUAUUCAACGUGUUUGAAACAUUAUUCAAACCUGAUCAGUUUAAAUCGCUGAGUUUUCAGUUUGAUUCAUGCAUCUCUGCCGUCAGGCUCAGCAGUUUUGAUUUACUUUUGCGUUUCCUCUAUGAUCACUUCUGGGUUUGUUGUUGUCAUUUAGGUCUUGCCAUAUUCAGAUAAUGUUUCCCUUUUGGUUUGUUGAUCGUUUUCAUCUUUAGUUCACCUCGGUUUAUGUUAAAUAUCCUCCUGCCGUCUUUCUAACAGCUGUUUCACUCCUCUGAUUCGCUCACCUGGUUCUGAUCUCAUUAGCCAUUAGCCUGCCUCCCUAUUAGAGCUCUCUGGUUUGCAUU